AUGUCCCACAAAACCGAAACAUCUCGACCCCGCCCCACCGCCCUCGAAAUCGAUCCCUCCUCCCCGGGCACCAUCGUCCGCGCCGCCAUGCUCCUCGAGUCCUGCUUCAACAUCUUCCUCGCGCACGGCAUGUUCUUCCACCCGCACGACACCUCCGUCCAGCUCUUCUUUGACGGCGCCACCACUGCUGCUUCCCCUUCCGUCGCCGACGCAGCCCUUGUCUCCCUCCUCAUGCAAUGGAUCGGCACCUGGACUGUCGCCACGACCGUGCCACUCCUCCUCGCGCUACCUAAUCGCCCCGGCGCCAUCGAGAAGCGCGUCACCGCGUACACGGCGCUGGGAACGAUGGAGGCGCUGUUUGUGCCGUUCCUGGUCUACCAUGCGCGGGCGGAGGGCGGCGGGGCUGCGGGUUUGAGCUGGGAGAAGGUGUUUGGUGGACUGGUUGUGCCGAUGGUGGGGGCGCUCACGUUCAGGUUGUGGGUGUUGUUUGUUAAGCCGGGGUGGAUGGGAAGGUAUAGGGUUGUAGGAGGGUCGGCGGGUAAGGAGGGCUGA